GGCAGCAGCGUCCUCUGGACUCAGGACGCGGAGUGAGCCGCAGCUCCCCAUCCUGCUACCGCAACACGGGCACGGAAAGGGGGACCACCACAACUUAAACCUGAAUAAUUUAGUUUGUUUGAGGAACAAAACAGACCCCUCCCCAAAACACACUUCUUGUUUUUUUUUGUUCUUCUUUAAAUGACUAAGAUACUUUAGAUAUGGCAUCAUCCGUGAGCGGCACAGAGGAGGUGCGGGUGUCGGCGUUGACGCCCCUGAAGUUGGUGGGACUGGUGUGCGUCUUUCUCGCCCUGUGCCUGGACGUUGGGGCCGUGUUGAGCCCGGCGUGGGUCACGGCGGAUGACCAGUACUACCUGUCCAUGUGGCUGUCCUGCUGGAAGCCCGUCAGCUCCGCGGAGUGGUCCUGCAACAGCACGCUGACCACCGACUGGCAGAUCGCCACACUGGCCUUGCUGUUGGGGGGGGCGGCCCUCACCCUGCUCUCCUUCCUCGUGGCGCUGAUCUCCCUGUGCUCUGGCUCCAGGAGUCGCUGCUACAAGCCAGUGGCUGUCAUGCUGUUCUCCGCAGUGGUGCUCCAGGUGUGCAGCUUGGUCCUCUUCCCCAUCAAGUUCAUAGAGACGGUCAGUCUGAGGGUGUACCAUGAGUUUAACUGGGGCUACGGCCUGGCCUGGGGAUCAACCAUCUUCUCUUUUGGAGGAGCCAUCCUCUAUUGCCUCAACCCCAAGAACUAUGAAGACUACUACUAAAAUGUGUGAGACAAGAGGAGAAAUUGAGACUCUGUUUCACCCGGUGUCCUCUCAGUGAUAGGAACUUUCUGUCCGUUACACAGUGCACAACCACAGACUACAAAAACAGGAAAUACAAAUGCUUGUUGUUAGUUUCAGGACUGGAAAUGAGCUCUUUCAUUUGAUACUGUGAACUUAUUGUCUCAAAGACUAUCCUUACUCAUUGGUAUGAAGCUCCGUGCUCUCAGAAGGUUUGGCAGCAAACCCAGUGGUGAAAAAAAGAAAUCCAACCCAGCCAGUUUAAUUUGGGAGAGAAUGUCUGUACUCAGAUAACUCUGUGUCCCCUUUAAGUGGAACUCGAGUAGGUCUUACAUUUUGCCAAAAAAUCUAGAGGGAACAGAUGGAUUUACUGACCGCAUGCCAGGACGAAUUGGUGGAAUAAUUUACCAAUCAGAGCAGAGAAUAAUGUAAACUGGAGCCAAUCAGAGAAGCAACGGACCCUGGGAGGCUUAUUGAAGCGAUAUUAUGAGAAUGACAAAGUGAGGAAGACAGGGCACACCUCAGGAAAUGCUACAUUUCCCCAGAGUUACACUACAGCUGAAAUUGGCAUUGCCUUCUUCCUCUAGUAGAGCGUAAUCGUUUGGCUAAGGAAUGUCAUGGAGCUCCAAAUUAGUGGCUUUUUUUUUUCCUUCUGUCAUAUCUGAGUGUAUUUCAAGUGUCAGAGAUACUGUAUAUAAACAGAAACUACCUAAGACAGUAAAAAAAUUCCACAGCAACCUCCAAAUGAUAGCAUACUGGUGAGAGAAACAUUUACUGGUUAAUGAUUAGCAGAGAGCCUGUCACAUGUAAACACCAGUGAGGCCUUUGGCUGCUGAUGUAAACAUGCAACAUAACACAAGGUAUAGCUGCUUUUUUGAUAAAAUGGUUGUAUUAUAUUUAAGUAUGCACAAUAAGCAUAAUAAAGUAAUAUUCACUACAAGAAUACCAGUGGGUAGGAAGAUGGCAAAUGACCAUGUUUGCUGUGUGUCAUGUCUGCAUGACCAUACCACCCAGCAUGUGCUCACACACCCCCCUCAUGUGAUGCCUCCUUAUCUUCUCACCCUGUAAGGAACGGGAAUUCACAAAGUAGAGCAAGCUUUCAGAAGAAUACAACACAAUUCAGAUAGGGAGAGGCUGUAGCAUAAACUUAUUGUAGUUAUUGAAAAAGUCAGUAUUCUUAGUUUUUGCAUCCAAGUUGAGGUUCAUGAUGGAGUAUUUUAUGAGAUGCUAGAGUGGAAUGUGCUGUGUGUGAUUAGCGUUAUGAGGACUAUGGGAUCAAUCAAGCAGAAAAGUGAUCACGACCGGUGAGACCUGUGGCAGCAGGAGAGCUGCACUGGUAAUAACAGUCUACUCAGACAGCAUUCGAACGUGGUUAGAAACUUCUCCAACUUCCUCUUGCAACAUUAAUGAAAGUGGGUGAGUGUGUGCAUGUUAAGAAUUUCUGCUGUGUUUCUGAUUCCCACUGGUUUGAUUACUUACAUAAUAAAC